AGGAGUGACGCUCUCAUAUAUAGGCCCACACUUCAAUAUUGAAUUUUUUUUGGCAUUUUGCCCACAACCUCCCUAUAACUCAUUUACGUCGGCAAGUAAAAAUUCUACCAGUUGCUAAAACUACACUCCAGCUUAAAAUCAAAGCACAACACCUGCAAUGAUUAUUUUGGUCAGUGUCGGCCACUUCAUAAAACGUUUGUUCGUCCUCGUCGGCAUACCGUGUGGCGCUCCAAUGUGACAGCUGGGAAAACCCAGUGGCGUACUUCACAACUCUCAAAGUUGUUGACAAUAACGGAAAAACUGGAUGACCUAGUACAUUUGGCUAGCCCAAUUAUUCCUUCUCGACUUGUUAUCAGUCCAUCCAUCAUGUUUUUAUAAUUUCUGCUGAUAAUAACACUGGGGUAGAAAAAUACAAGUGUCAUCAUUUACGGAAGUCGAGGAGAAGAGAUCCGAUAGAUCAUUGUGUCUGACGUCAUCUGUCAACACAUGAUGGUCAUGUGAUUCUGGCGCGAACGGUCAAGUGUUUGCACGUUUCGUGGCGGAAGCAUGUGCGCAGCCAGUAACCGAUAAUGAUGGACACACUGUCAUCGAAAUAAUCGAUAUUAAAGAGUCGAUUGUCAUCUCUCAAACUCCACAUCCCCACCUGGCGCUGAUGACGGUAGCUUUCGUGAUCUACAUCUCCAUACGUGAGGCUUGUACAGUGAGAGAAAGGUGUAGGACUCGUUUCCUCCUCUGGCGAUAUUACGAGUAUCGAUACGAAGUCAUGUCUCAGCCUUCGGCUCUUCGGUUGAUACUAGGCUUAGCCAUUCUUGUAACAACUACUCAGGUCGCAAGAGCACAAGUUGUUUCAUCUUCUGUCGCACGACUAGGCUCAUUUUUAUGGAACUAUGAAGCAACUGGAAUCUACCCACCGUCUUACAACUUACCGGCGCAAGUUUCUAUCCAGGUAAGAAUCGACGCCAGUGCCGACUCCGACACUAUCACUGGCACCGGCCUGUGGGAGAUCACCAUCUACGGCAACCGCGAGGCAGAUGGCUCUGGUACCGACCGGUACGACGAGCAAACCGAUUUCCUCGCGGACGACCAGCGGGCGCAGAGCUUCUCCCCUACCGACAGCCUGGCCUUUCACCAGGGUACACCCUUCGACCUGAGCGGGUUGGCCUGCGGCCUCUUGGGACCCUACUUCUGUGUAGAGGUCAGCCGCGCGGCCGGCGCGUCCAUGGGGUUUAGCCUGGAGCCGGGAAAGUGGGUCGGCUGCCGGUCCACACCAUGUUAUUUUCCAGAAGAGUCAGCUGAUUCCAAACUCGACGUCAGCUUCUCCGACCUUCAACUAAACACGCUGGAAGCCCCACACGUUCCCCAAGACGAACCGGCCGAUCUCGUCCUGGUGAUCACCGCAGUGCUUGCUACUGACUCCCGCCGCUACUUAGACGGCACAGGUCUCUGGAAAGUGUCCCUCUUCGGCAGCAAGUCGACCAACGGGUCCGGGACCGACCGGUACGACGAGCGGUCACAGGUGCUGACCACCGCCGAGAACACGGACAAGAGCCUACAGGGCCAGCCGCUGGAGAUGACCAUCCAGACCCAGUUCCUGCUGGGAGGGGUGGGCUGCGAAGAUUACCCCUACUUCUGCAUCACGAUAGACAAAGGAGACGACCCACAGCCGGACUUUGGCAUCGUUGGACCUAUCACCCACUGUCAGGAUGUCGAGUGCCUGUAUCCCGAUGAAACGCCGAUCCCCACGGCCCGUUUCGUCAAGAUUGAGCUAAGCCUGGAACUCCCGGCCGACUACCCUUUCGAUGAGCCUACCGAUAUCAACCUCAAUGUGGCGCUGACACCCAGCCAGAGUCCCCAGGUACCUACCUCCAUCAUCGAGGGUACGGACCUCUGGAGGCUGGCCAUCUACGGCAACGAGAACUCCGAUGGGUCUGGCCCAGAGCGCUUCGACGAGCGUGCCCAGGUGUUGAGCGACACGGACCAAGACGCCCGCCUCUCUCCCUCGAAUGGGCUCAUCUUCAAUGUGACCACCCAAUUCGUAAUCGGGCGGGUCGGAUGCGACGAUUUGCCCUACCUCUGUGUGCAGUUUGGCAAGGGUUACAGUCCCGUGCCCGACUUCGUCUUCGAUACACUAUUGAUAGGAUGUCUUGAGGUCCCCUGCACUCAAAUACCACUCCCCGUCGCCAGACUAGGAGCAUUAUCAUUCAAUCUCACCAACGUCGGCACUGGCCCGUACGGGGAGCCCGUCCCCAUCAGUUUGGAAGUCCAUGUUGGAGCCAGCCAGUCCGCCACCACGGACCCGAUCCUAGGCUCUCGCCUGUGGCAGCUCUCCAUCUACGGUAGCGGUCAGGCUGACGGCUCCGGCGACGACCGCUUCGAUCAGCAGUCCGUCCUGAGCAAGUGCCAGACGGACAAGUCGCUUCUCCCCGGGGAACCCCUGCAAUUCGAGGUGGAUGCCGAGUUUAUAAUCAGCGGAGUUGGAUGCUACGACUACCCGUACUUCUGUUUGAAGUUCGAAAAGGGCGCCGAUCCACAGCCGGAUUUUAUCAUGUUAGAUCAACCGAUGGCGUGCAAGGAGCUCACGUGUACACCUCCACCGGUGCCGCGAUUGAUCGUCAGCGGGCUGAGCUUACAGGUCAAGUCCGGCAGUCCCACCUACGUCAAGGCCGGCCAGGACGGUGCUGCCAACUACCUCAAGUUCCGCCUGGAAGUGAUCUACGACAAACGCCAGGUCGGAUACAUCAGCGGUUCCGGACUCUGGGUCGUGGCGCUGUGGGGAAGCGCAAACGCCGAUGGUAGUGGACACAAGGUUUCUCACACGCCCAACACGCUGAGAACUCUCCAGACCAGGCUCGCCGUCACCCUUGGCAACGACUUCUACUGGCCCGGCGUGAAAAACCACUUCGAUAUGACGGCGGUAACGUGCGCCGAAGUUCGCUACAUCUGCGUCAAGCUGAGCCGCGGCAGCGUAGCGGCCGAUGUCUACGAGUUCUUGACACAGCCUGAGUCGUACGUACCCCAGACAUGCGUCCAGAUGGGAUGCUCCUAAAUCUAGAGUUUCGCUUUACUUUGGAUUUAUUUGCCAUAGUUGUUGUAUUUUUGGCGACGAAAUUGUUUUGCUUGUAUAGCUCCACGGAAUUGGUUGGGUAGAAAUUAUUCCGUUUUUGUGAGGAAGAAAAAAUAAUAGUGGCUCAAUUGUUGGCAUAGGCCUACGCGCAUGACAAAGUAGGACGAACUAAUAAAUACCAACAGUUUUCUUUAACAAAUAAGAUGUUUAACAAUAUCAAAGACCGUAUAUCAGCUCAUUGUUUGAGUUGAAUUAUUAGAAAGUGUUUUCUUAAAAUCAAUCAAACUUUGAAUUUUCUUUUACAGAAAUUGUGGUGGAGGUAUCAUUGAUUCACACAAUUAUCGCGCCAUUUUAAGACCUUGACUGACCUGAUAUAAGUUUCUAUGUGAGGAAGCAGAAUAUAUUAUUGAAGCUGUCACAGUGUGAGAUAAUAAUCAGCAUUUUUGAGAUAUGGCGGACACAAUAAAAGGGCGGUAUUUGCUUUGGGUAAAUGGGGGUUAAUCAAAUAAAAGACUGCGCCCACAUUUUAUGUCCAACAUUAUCUAGAAAAGGUUAAUGAUUUAGCAGAUAAUGAUAUGAGUCUGUCAUUGAAUGAUUGGAGGUGCAUAUUGCAUAAUUGAAGAAUUAAACUUGAACAGAAUUAAUAGUUAUUGAACAAGGAACUGGUUACUUGGAAUGUACGGGUUUAUGGUUAUUGACUAGCGCCCCUUGAAC